GGUACGUUUAGCGAUAGGAGCUUUCGAAAUCGGAUCAACUGUAUUUUACCACCAUGGGUGUGACGGUGAUUGAGGAAUUACCGAAGACGGGCUUCUUGAAAUUUAGACAUGACCAACUGUUUCAAGUGCGGAAACUGUUCAACUUGGAAAAACCUGGAAGAGUAAAGGAAGCGAUAGAGUUGCUGAGAGAAUGGCUGGAAAAGCAGGAUCAUUUCAAUAAGAAAGAUUUUAGUGAUGCCUAUUUAGAGUUACUUUUAAUAACUUCCAAAGGUUCCGUGGAGCAUGCUAAGUCACGAAUUGACAAGCUAUGCACAUAUAGGACAAUCUGGCCCCAGUUCUUCACAGCCAUCGAUAUCAACUCCUUCAAAGAAAAUUUCAAAAUAUUUAAUAGCUUAGUACUGCCAGAAGUAACAGAGGACUACUCCAGAGUAAAUAUAUUUAAAAUAAAUAGCAACGUACCAUUGCAGGCUGACAUAGUCUUGACUUACAUCAAGUUUUCAAUCAUUGUAUGUGAAUAUUGCAAAGUUCACGAUUACCCCAGCGGAUUUAUAGUUGUAUUGGAUUACCAGGACGUAAACCUGUUGGAUUUGCUUGCUAUCCUCAGUCCCGCCCAAAUACAGCAAAUGGUCAAUUUGUAUAUGGAAGGAUUCGGCAUGCGUAUUCGAGGUAUCCACCUGAUAACAACCUCAAAGGUAUCCGAUGCUCUGAUUUCGCUGUUAAAACAAGUGAUGAGCAAGAAAAUCGGCAGCCGGAUUCACGUACACAGAAACCAUGAGAGCCUAUAUGACUUCAUUCCUAAGAAGAUCUUGCCGGUUGAUUAUGGCGGUGAUGCGGUGCCUUUGAGUGAAAUGAUGGAGGACUUCCUUCAAGAACUUAGUAAGAAGGAGCACAUAGAAUAUAUGAAGGAAAUUCAGAGCGCAACUGUUGACUUAAAGAAAAAGCCAAAAGAUAGCACCAUUGAUGAAAUGGCAAUGACUGGGUCUUUUAGAAGUUUGACCGCCACACCCGGUAUACCGCUUUUUCAGCAUUUUCAGAAAAUAUUUUUCAUCAUGGGCGUAACCGUUAUUGAGGAGUUGCCGGUACGUGGCUUUUUCAAAGUGAAGCCCGACCAAUUAUAUGAAGUUAGGAAAUUGUUUAAUUUGGAAAAACCUGAAAGGAUAAAGGAAGCCAUACAGUUACUGAAAGAUUGGUUGCAAAAACAGGACUAUUUCAACAAGAAGGAUUAUCCUGACGAAUACUUGGAAAGGCUUCUAAUUCUCAACAAAGGGUCUGUGGAGCGCGCCAAAUCAUGCUUCGACAAGUUAUGCACGUUUAGAACGAUUUGGCCUCAGUACUUCACCGCGGUUGACAUCAAUUCCUUUAGAGAAUAUUUUAAAGUAUUUAAUAGCAUAGCACUGCCGGACGUGACACCCGAGUAUGCCAGAGUAAACUUGUUUAAAAUAAACAGCAACGUACCAUUGGGUGCCGACCUUAUCAAAGAAUAUAUCAAGUACUCAAUCAUUCUGUGUGAGUACAUGAAAAAGUACGAUUAUCCAAAUGGAUUUGUUAUUAUGCUAGAUUACCGAGAUGUUAAUCUAUUAGAUUUGCUCGCAAUUCUAAGCCCUUCACAACUUCAGCAGAUGGUGCAUUUAUACAUGGGAGGAUUUGGGAUGCGUAUUCAGGGUGUUCAUCUAAUAACGAAAUCGAAGGUAUCAGAUGCAAUAGUUUCGCUCGCUAAGCAAGUGGUGAGCAAGAAACUCGCAGACAGGCUGCACGUUCAUCGAAGCUUGGAUACCCUGUAUGACUUCAUUCCUAAAAAAAUGUUGCCGGCAGAAUACGGCGGUGAUGCCGAACCUUUUGAUGUAAUGAUGGAAAAUUUCUUCAAGGAGCUCGGUUCCAACGACCAUAUAGAAUACAUGAAGGAGACCCAACAAGCGACGGUUGACUUGUCCAAAAAGCCAAAAGAUGGCGCCAUUGAUGACUACAUGGGCAUGUCAGGUUCCUUUAGGACUUUGAGCGUUGACUAAGUGUUCAAAGUGGAUGCUCAACUGGCGGCGAG